UGAGAAAAGUGAGCCCUUCUCCCAGUGUGUUGAGGCUUCGGCCUUUGUACUGAACUUUCAUCCACGCACAGUGGAUGAGGUAGCUGGUGAUGUUCUUCUCCUUCAGUGCUUUGGCGGCAGGUCUGAACUGUUUGCGACAUCUGGCGAGAUCCGCGCUCAUAUCCGGGAAAAGGCUGACCCUCUUGCCAUCGAUGGUGAUGUCCUCUUUGGCUCUUGUGAGUUGCAGUAUCUUCUCUCUGUCCUGGAAACGGAGGAACCCCAUCUGGCCGGGGUUUCGACACUGAUGUUCGGUGGGCGCGUUUGAUUUCCAAUGGCUUGGUGAAGUUGAUUAUGCCUAGGACAUCCGGGAUCUAUUGAGUGAGGAAAUGGACCGGGCCACGACCCUCGCUGUCCUCUUUCAAUCCCACCACACGGAUAUUACUAGGUCUGUUCUGGUUUUCCAUCUGAUCUACCUUGUUUUUGAAGUAGGCAUUGUCCUUCUGCAGCUCUAUCAGAACCUGGUCAUGUCGAGUGACGGUAUCUUCAACUGUGCUAAUGUGCAACUCUGCCUCAGUCAUUCUCAAAAGGAGAUCAUUCAUGGAGGAUUUCAGAUCGUCAAUGGAAGAAUGGAGUUCAGCUGAUUUCUUAUCAACUUUUCAGAGAAAGACCUUUGUUGCCACCCUGAAUUUCCCGGAGGAGAGUAGCCAGCAUGUCUGGAACUGUCGAGCAGCAGUCUGGAACUGUCGUCUGAGUUAUGAGGGCUAAUGCUAAUCUUGCUAGCUGUAGCACUAUCGUUAUCUUGGGAAUCAAUGACGUUUUGGUCGUCCUUCUUGCCUCUCGGUCGGAGGUCCAUGACUCUUUGGGAAGACCGCCCUCCUGCUCCCGUCAACGUGUCUGUGAUGCACCUGAGGGCCGACUCCGCCACCGUCUCCUGGGAGGUACCUGAGGGUGACAUCAUCAUCGGCUUCUCCAUCUCACAGCAGAGACAGCAGGGCCACACCCAGCGCUUCAUCAGGGAGGUGAAUACCACCAGCAAGGCCUGUGUUCUGUGGGAUCUGGACGAGGAGACGGACUAUAUUAUCCAGGUCCAGUCCAUUGGUCUGUACGGAGAGAGUCAGGCCAGCAAGAGGGUUCACUUCAGAACCCUCAAGAAGUCUGACCGCUUCCUGUCCAACAGCUCCAACCAAGAUGACCCUGCAGUGGAAGGUCUGGACAAGUCACGGCAGCUCCAGACAGGAGAGGUGAUCAUCAUUGUGGUCGUGCUGCUCAUGUGGGCAGCUGUCAUUGCCCUGUUCUGUCGGCAGUAUGACAUCAUCAAGGACAACGACUCUAGUACCGGUAAAGACAAGGUAAAGCCGUCGUCGUUGGCGAGCACGCCAGAACACUGCUCCGGAGGACUGCUGAGGAAUAAGUUUCAUCCGUCGCUACAAUCCAUCAACAUAAUUGAGGUUUAAGGGAAGAAUGCAGAAUGCAGACGCCAAUUCCAACCUUCCUCCUCCGUCGCUACGUUCUCCAACUCCUCAAAUCGGCUCUCCUCCUCUCUGAUGAAGACGAAACAAGUCAUUAGAUAAACUGCCGCCCUGAGGCAUGACCGUUGAUGCAUGUCGGCCAAGCUAAUUUAGCAAAGAACACACACACACACACAGAGUUAAGUAUACUGUACAUACACUAUUUUAAUGUUAAUACGUUAUACAUAAAGUAUUUCAAGUGAGAUACUUGGUUUGUAUUUAGUACACCACGGCCAUCUCUGGGACAUCUGUCUCUGUCGUAGAUUCAAUCCGUGUUGCUGAAGAUGGAUCCUCUUAAAGGCAAUGUUCCUGCGUGUUCGCAGAGGCUGCAAUGACUGUCCACUCUGCAUAUGUCGGUAGGCUCAAUCGGAAAAUUCCCUUUAAAAUGUUAUCGUGGUAAAACACGGAUCUUCCGCAAUACAGACUGAAUCUAGCCCUUUGUGUUCAUGUUGUCGUGUGGGAUUUAAAAAAAUAUAUAAACUAGAUUAUGGAUUAUGUUACUUUGAUUAUAUCCUUGGAUCUGUUUUUGUUUUUUUGCAUCUUAAUCCUCUUUCCCCCCUUGUACAGUCAUUUCACAAUAAUAACAUCCCAAUUGGUUGCCACAAAAUACUCAUACUUGGAGUAAUUAUCACAGGUGAAAAUUUGUGAUCUGAGUCCGACAGACUAUAGACAGGCUAAUAAAUGAUAGAAACUAGUUCUGAACACAAGCAGUUGUAGAUGAAUACCUUAUGACCAUCGUCAACGCAUGUCUGUGCAUAUGAAGAAAUGUCUAUAUUCCAUAAGAUUGACUACUGGAGGGGCGCAUGCCGGUCAUUCAUCCAUAGUACAAUAUUUGAUGUGCUCUCUAUUUUACCAAUACAAAAUAUGCAACAACAGAAAUUAUUGCAAUACUGGGAAAGCAGAAUAUUAUACAUUUUUAUAUUGUCAUUUGAUCAUCCUUCCUUUUAAUUAGGACUUGUUUGUUUGGAUGUUUUGACACUUGUAAAUAUCCCGACACUGUGUUUUAUCUGAACUAUUGAACAAUAAAGUUUAUUUCAAAAUUUAA